AUGCCUUCGGCGGCCGAGGCGUCAACAAUUAUCACAGGUGUAUUGGGCCUGGUUUUGAUUCUAGUUUGCAGCGUAUCAGCACUACGAAGGAUCCUGCACCGAUUCACGAAGAACACAGCGUGCAUAUGUUUGGAGCCAUCGCUACUUGCCGAACCCGAUUAUGUCGAUGAGGAUGGAGAAGCUACGGAACGAUCAAUCGACGAGUUUUCAGACAGAUGGCAGAAAUGGGCUAUCGCGAUAUUGUCGAUAGCCGGCUUUGCUGUGUCGUUGGCUCAGGCUACCGUUGCAACGUGUUCCGCCCAUGACCAGAGACAUUUCGUGGUGCCUUCCUGGCUGCAAAUGGUAGGAUGGAUGGUCCUUUGUGUGCAACCUGUUUCCCUUUUCACUGAACCUUCCUGCGUGAAAAAGUACUAUCUCGGAUUCAAUGCGUUUUGGGCAAGCAUGGUUACGAUACUGGUUUUGUGUGUCCAAGUCGACAUAUUCUGGCGGUAUGGGUACAAGAUUGGAAUCUCCGCCGGGUUCACAGGAUUAAUGGCGGCGCAAAUCACCACCGCGAGUUUACGGGCCAUAUGCUCAGUCCUUAUCCCGCGACGACCGAACGUGUACUUUGAAGGUCAAGUUGUUGAUCAAGAGUUCAGCGUGAGUGCAUAUAAUCGAUUUACCUAUGGCUGGGCUGCGGAUUUACUCCGAUAUGCCGCAAAAAACCGGGCACUAGGCAUAGACAACCUCCCGAAACUGCCAUUUGCCGCGCGAUCAGAGACUCUCCAUGCGCGUUUGGACGAGUUUCAGGGACCGCGCAAACUCUGGGUUGCCCUUAUUCUGCGACACACCCGAGCGCUCACAGUCCAGGCCUUGCUUAGCUUGGUGGUGUGUGUACUCGGAUUCGGACCGCAGGUUGCGUUAUAUAAGAUCUUGAAGGUAUUGGAGGACCGUUCGAUCCUCUCUGCAGACUCGACAAAUGCGUGGCUAUGGGUUGGGGGGUUGGGCAUGUUUCUGGCAUUGUCUUCCAGCAUUGAGUCCUGGCUAUGGUGGCUCAUCUACUCCGAUCUUUGGGUUCCCAUUUAUGAAGGUCUCUCGGCCCUGGUUUUUGCAAAGUCAAUGCGUUGCAAGGACGUCAAACACUUUAAGCCGUCUAGCACCGGAGAUAAGAGUGCGCAUACUGCAGAUGCGGAGGACGAGGAGGCAGAGGCCGAAGACGAGGAGGAAAGCAAAAACCGCCAAAGCAUCAUCAACUUGGCUGCGGUUGACUCAAAACGCAUUGCAGACUUCGUCACGUUCAGUUAUCUGAUCCCUUCAUGCGUCCUUCGGUUAGCAAUUGCCGGGGGAGUCCUCGUUGGUCUCAUUGGAUGGCCAAGUUUGUUGGCCGGUAUAGCUGGCGCAAUUCUACUAACUCCUGCCAACUCGUGGUUAACCAAACGAUACGCUGCAGCUCAGGAAGAGCUAAUGAAAGCCACUGAUAAGCGAACCGGGGCUGUUACGGAGGUACUACAAGGUAUUCGCCAAGUCAAAUUCGCGGCUCUGGAGAAACAAUGGCAAAGUCGGAUUUCAGAGAAGCGACGAAUCGAGCUUAAUCUGCUCUGGAAGACCUCCAUUUACACGACGGGCAUGGUCUCUGUGUGGAUUAUGGGUCCGUUACUACUGUCUGCGAUAUCAUUGACAGUAUAUGCCCUUACCCGUGGGGAGCUUUCCCCGUCGGUGGCGUUUACAACACUCUCCAUAUUUGGCUCACUUGAAUCUUCUUUAGCUAACCUUCCGGACCUAAUUUCCAAGGGCAUGGAAGCUAAGAUUAGCGCUGAUAGGAUUGAUAAAUACCUCAGAUCAGCGGAAAAGAUCUCGAAUGCGGCGGAUGUGGACCAAAUUACGUUUGAGGACGCUACGGUAGCCUGGCCAUCAGAUGAAGGAAGUGAGGAUGGGGAGGAUAAAGGCUGGGAUAUCAAGGACCGCUUUGUUCUCCGGCAUCUUACUCUUCAGUUCCCCUCAAAGAAGCUCAGUGUAAUUGCUGGCAAAACUGGCUCUGGGAAGAGUCUUCUCCUCGCAUCAAUUUUAGGAGAAUGCGACAUCCUCUUAGGAUCUGUAUCUGUUCCACGAGUUUCUUCGCCAUCUACUCGAUUCGACCACCUAGCUACCCGCGCGAACUGGAUUUUGGAUACGGCUGUAGCAUAUGUGGCCCAGAAUCCGUGGAUGGAAAAUGCCACCAUAAAAGAAAACAUACUUUUUGGCCUCCCGUGUGACCGACGCCGAUAUCGCGAUGUUCUUUUCGCCUCGGGAUUAGAGAAGGACAUGGCAAUGCUUCCUGAUGGAGAUCUGACUGAUAUUGGCGCCAACGGGAUUAAUCUCAGCGGUGGUCAACGAUGGCGUAUCUCUUUUGCCAGGGCUCUCUAUUCUCGAGCUGGUAUCCUAAUCAUGGAUGACAUUUUCAGCGCCCUGGAUGCAGAGACCGGCCGGCAUGUUUAUGAGCACGCACUCACGGGAGAAUUGGGUCAGGGUCGGACGAGGAUUCUUGUCACACACCAUGUUGGUUUGUGUCUCCCGCGUACCGAUUACUUUGUGGUACUUGAAAAUGGAUUUGCAACGCACUCCGGGACUGUGGGAGAUCUCAAGGCGACUGGGCAGCUGGCCGAUCUACUAGGUCAGAAGGAUAUACCUGAACGCGAGGAAAAUCCACCGGCUACCCAUGACAAUAAACCUCCAAGGAGAAAACGAUCUUCCGCAGGAGGGCGACCGUCUUCUGUCUUCAGUAUGCACACCAUCCGGAAAUUUAUCCAGGAGGAAAAGCGAGAAACUGGCUCAAUAUCGAUGAAAGUGUAUUCGGCGUACAUGAACAGAGGCAAUCGGUUGCGGUGGUGGAUACUGGCAUUCCUCGCAUAUGCGGCUUUUAUGGCUCUUCUAGUUGGCCGAUCAUGGUGGGUGAGUGUUUGGACUGGUUCUUCCAGCGCCGCGAGACAUCCGGCGCAGUCUCUUACCGUUUGGGAGCAAGCAACAACAAGCCAGAUCAAGGAUGGUGGUCAGACCCACGAUCUUAUAUACUACCUCAGUAUCUACGUCGCGAUUUCCGCCGUCGCAUGCGUUGUGGGCACCUUGCGCUGCCUAGCUCUCGCUCUCGCAUUCAUUGAAUCCUCACGCCAGCUCUUCGAUGACCUUUUAGGGGCAGUGCUCCGGGCGCCACUACGAUGGCUUGACACUGUUCCACUUGGCCGGAUUCUCAACCGUUUCACAUCCGAUAUCUACCUCCUAGAUUGGCGCCUAGGCUAUGAUAUAGGGCAUUUAGUAUAUAAAGCUUUGGAGCUGGCUGGGAUUCUGGUCGCGGGUGCGACAGUCUCGCCAAUGCUCUUAGUGCUUGCAUGCGUCCUCCUGGCGCUAUGCCUUCAGCUAUCUCGAAACUAUCUAGCUGGAGUUCGCGAAGUUAAACGCCUUGAGAGCACAGCCAAGAGCCCUGUUAUCGAGAAGUUUGGAUCUAGCCUUGCAGGACUGGCCACUAUUCGGGCCUUUGGCAAAGCUGAAACGUAUGUUCGUCAUAUGUACAGCCUAAUCGACCGACAUGCUCAGGCAUCCUGGUAUUUGUGGCUUUUCAACCGUUGGUUAGGAUUCUGGCUGGCACUUGUUGGUGCAGUUUUCUCCACACUGACUGCUGCUUUGGUUGUCUAUAUGCCAGGCGUCUCCGCAGCACUUGCUGGGUUUGCUAUGAGUUUCGCCUUGCAAUACAAUUACGCUGUGGCAAUGGGACUUCGCUUUUAUGCCAAUGUGGAAAUUGACAUGAAUGCCACCGAACGGGUACUAGAAUACUCAAAUAUUGAAACUGAGAAUCUGGGGGGGUAUGACCCCCCCGCAGCAUGGCCGACAAGGGGCAAGAUUGAGGUUGAGGACUUGGAAGUCGGAUAUGCCCCAGAUCUCCCACCCGUCUUGAAAGGACUAACCUUUACACUGGAGAACAAUCAACGAGUCGGAGUGGUUGGCCGUACAGGCGCGGGUAAAUCCUCUCUUACUCUGGCUUUAUUCCGGUUUCUGGAAGCAAGGCGCGGCCGUAUUAUUGUCGACGGUCUCGACAUUUCCCAUAUGAAGCUCUUAGCGCUUCGGAGCAGACUAGCCAUUAUACCACAAGACCCAGUGCUGUUUUCGGGUACUGUGAGGUCCAACCUGGAUCCUUUUAAUGAAUAUUCCGACUUGGAGCUGUAUAAUGCCCUCGAACGAGUGCAUUUGCUCUCCUUUGAAGACACGUCUACUUUGGCCUCGCAAUCUACUCAGGACCCUCCUAGCUCAAGCAGCACAAUUGGAUCGUCAUCGUCAUCGACAACUGGCGCACCAACAAAACCCGUGGGGUUCUUCUCCUCCUUGUCCUCCCUCAUCUCCGAAGGUGGAAUGAACUUGUCGCAAGGCCAGCGGCAGCUCCUUUGUCUAGCGCGUGCCAUUGUCUCCCGGCCCAAAAUUAUGAUCCUGGACGAGGCUACCUCAGCAGUAGAUAUGGAGACAGAUGCCUUGAUCCAACAGUCCAUCAGGGCGGAAUUUGGGCGCGAUGCGUCUUCUCUGCUGGUCAUUGCUCACCGGUUAAGCACAAUCGCGGACUUUGACCGUAUCCUGGUGAUGGACGCAGGGAAGGCUGUGGAGUUUGGCUCGCCCAAGGACUUGCUGCAAAUUGAUGGAGGAGUGUUCCGUAGCCUAGUAGAGAAUAGUGGGGAGCGAGCCCUAGUUGAGGAGAUGAUUUUGGGCAAGACUGCUGUGUAA